AUGAAACAUGGGCCUCUUAUGCACCUGCAACUUGGUGAAAUUUCAGCAAUUGUGGUUUCUUCGCCAGGUAUGGCUGAACAGAUUAUGAAAAAACAUGACGCUAAUUUUGCUAGUCGAGGUGAACUUCUUGCUGCAGAGAUUGUGACUUAUGGCUAUAUAGAUGUUGGGUUUGCUCCAUAUGGUGAUUACUGGAGGCAGCUGCGGAAGAUUUUCUCUUUAGAGUUGUUGAUUGAAAGUAUCAUCGAAGAACAUAGAGAGACUAGAUCGUCUAAAGUGAUUAAGAAUGGCAGUACUAGUACAGAUGAUCAUCAGCUGGAGGGAGAUCUCCUGGAUGUACUUCUUCGUAUUCAAGAAACUGGUGGCGGAUUUGAAUUUCCCAUCGCCACAGACAACAUUAAAGCAGUUUUCAUGAGCGUUAAGUGGUCAAAUGCGUAA